AUGACCUCAAGUUUUCAAAUCACAGAACACAUCAUAGAAUGUCAACACAUAAGAGAAUACCCCAGAGCUUUAGCCAAUUCACAGGACGACGUGUUACAUCUAGCAGUCAAACAAUAUACCCCUCUAGAUAAUCUUGAGCCCCAAGAUGGAGAUGUCACGAUCAUAGGUGCUCAUGCGAAUGGUUUCCCCAAGGUAUGAUCUUAAAUUCAACGUCAAUUAAACUGUCAUUUCGUAACUCUAUCUCACAUAAUGACAGGAACUAUAUGAACCAUUAUGGGAAGACCUUCAUGCUCAGUCCAAGAAAAAUGGGGUUCGAAUCCGAAGUAUCUGGAUCUCAGAUGUAGCACACCAAGGCACAAGCGGGGUUCUAAACGAAAACCUUCUAGGAGACGACCGUACGUAUUCCCAAUGAAAACAACAUCCAAUUCACAAGUACCGUUAGAAACUAACAUCCCCGUCAGCAUCCUGGAUGGACGGAUCCCGUGACCUUCUCCACAUGAUAAACCAUUUCCGCAUGCCCACCCCUCUAGUAGGAAUGGGCCAUUCCCUCGGCGGCGCCCAACUCGUCAACCUCUCGCUAAUCCACCCCCGACUCCUAAGUACCAUCAUCCUAAUGGAUCCCGUGAUCCAAAACCACGCCUCCGCACCCACCGGUCCCUCUCCCGCCCAAGCCUCCGCCUUCCGUCGCGAUCUCUGGCCCUCACGAGAAGAAGCCAUCGCAGCCUUCUCCAAAUCAAAGUUCUACUCCACGUGGGACCGCCGCGUUUUCGACAAAUGGUGUGAAUUUGGGAUUCGUCCCGCUCCUUCGUCAAUAUAUCCCGCUGCGGAGAAGGGGAGCAUGACAUUGACCACGACCAAACACCAAGAAUGCUUUACCUUCAUGCGACCCAGUUGGGAAGGCCUGAGCCCGGAUGGAAACACGAUAACAAACCGCUCCUUAGUCCCAGAUUUGAAUCUCCAACAGCCUGUCAGGUAUCCCCUUUACCGCCCCGAACCACCAACCAUCAUGGGACGAUUACCGGAAUUACGACCCAGUGCGUUUUAUAUCUUCGGAGAGCUGAGUAAUAUGUCUUUACCCGUCGUCCGGAAGCAGAAAAUGGACCUGACGGGAAGCGGACUGGGCGGCAGUGGGGGAGCGAAGGAAGGGAAAGUCGAAGAGGUGGUUUUGAAGGGGGUUGGUCAUUUGGUUGCUAUGGAGGCUGCGGGACAGUGUGCUGAGGCUGCUGCGGGGUGGUUGGGUCGGGAGAUGAAGAGGGUUGAGAAGGAGAGAGCUGCGUAUCGGGAGUGGACUAAGAAGAGCCUCGCUGAGAAACAGACGUUGUCGGAGGAGUGGAAGGCGAGGAUUGGGGGACAGCCGGUUAGAAUUAAGAAG